CCUGGAUUCAUCGACUGGGUAGGGUUUUUGAGUACUCCUACCAUCAGGGACGGCGACGGGUACCCGCGGAUUAAACCAACCUGAAACUGAGACUUCAAAACCCUAAACCCAAACUUUUAACUGAAACCGUUAAGUGGAACUGAACCACUUUUCGGGGGGAUUCUUAUUUGAUUUUGUUUGGACUCAAUCCUUAGAUCACAGAGUAACUUUCUGUGUGUGUAUCCGUGUUUUGUUCGAGAGCGAUGGAGUUGGCUACGAGGGCAAUGGAAUUUGCGAGCAGAGCAGCAAACAACAACACCGUAAUCAACGUGUUCCUCGUGGGUGCGUUCGCGGGGUUGACCGCUAGAUCAUUCCAUCAACAAAGCCAGAUCGAAACCCUAGAAUCGCAAAGGGAUUCGCUUGUGAAAUCCAAUAAAGCAAUGCGACAAACCAUUUGGGAUUGGAAGCAACAGCUCUAUGCCGAGGCUGAGGCUGAUAAAAAACCUAUCGUUCCACUCUCUAAACUCAAAUCAAUUUACGGUGAAGUUCCAACACUUCCCCAAUCAGGAGGCUCUAGCGAGAAGAAAGAGGGAAAAGCAUCUGCAACUAAGAUUGUAAUCUGAGUGGUGAUGGAAGUAAGGAGGAUGAAUGAAGAUGGUCCUUUUUCUUUAUUUAUACGGGAUAUGGGAAAUUUUACAUUUUGUACUCAUGGCCAAAAUGGUUUCAUUUCGCCCCUUUUGUCGGUUUUAACGUUUGGUUUGAACUUCUUUUGCAAGUGGUAUCACCAAACUCAGGUUAUUUCAUCUUAACCCAUACUAGUUUUUUGGAGUUUGAGAGCAGAUGCAUGUACAAGAUUAGCAAACAUCCUUCAUUUUAUGAAUCAUAUAUACAUAUAUAUAUCACUAAGGUCGAGUAUCAUAUAUC